AUGAUAGUUCACAGCAAUUUAUUGUCCAUUGUUACUUCAGAAGUUGUUGAAAACCUGGUUUUACAAGAUUAUUCGUCUGGAUUACAUGAUGUGAUUGAUAGACUCUUCAUGGAUAUAGCAAAUAUCAACAGGGCAUCUAUGGCUGAAAUGCAGGAUACUCAGAUUGAAGAAAUGGCGCAGAACCUGUGGAACUGGGCUGUUGCUCAGAGCACAUAUUCAUCUAUGAGUAAAAUGCAGACAACUAAAUUAUGUCAUGUUGCAUGCAAGCUGGGAUAUAUGUGUAAAUUCUCAGGUUCUUCUGAAGCUAUGCAAAGACAGAUUUUGAUGAAUAUGAAAACAGGAAAAAAUUGGUUAGAUCUUGGAAAUGUUUUGCUUGCUGAUGAGUUUUUUCACGCUUCCAUGGCUAGUUUGGAAAAAUUGUAUACCAGAUUAACACAGAGUUGUGACACUGAGGCCAAUUUGAAUUUUCAGAAGAUUACUGUGGAAAAGGGUGUCUUCCAAGUUCUUUCUUUUCAAGCAGAGUCAGCAUUUGCUCAAGGGGAUUUUGAAAGAGCAUCUACAUGUAUAUUUCGCUGCAAAGAUAUGUUGGUGAGAGUCCCUGAAAUGACACGAUAUCUCCAUGCACUCUGUUACAACCUUGGAAUAGAAGCCUACAAUCAGACAAAAGGCAGAGAAUGUUCUUUCUGGCUUAGCCAAAGCUAUGAAAUUGGUAAAAUGGAUAAGGAUAAUAUUGGAUCCGAAGUGCUGGCUAAAGUUCUGCGGUUAUUAGCCACUGUUUAUCUGGACUGGGAAGACAAAGAAUAUUAUAAUAAGGCCCUCGUUGCUAUACUUCUAGCAAACAAGGAACAUUUAGCCCCAGAAGGGCUUUUCUUAAAGAUGAGAAUCCUCUUAAAAUGCCAAACAUCUAAUGGAGAACUCCUUGAAGCUGCCAUGGAAAUACUACACUUUGAUAUGCCUUUAGAAUUUUGCCUGAUUGUUGCUAAAUUGCUGCUGGACAAUGAAAGAGAUUCUGUUGGAUUUUGUUUUCUGAGGAUCAUUUCUGAUCAUUUUAAGUUGUCAGAAGAUACUGGGAAAGCUCUAUUGUUCCAAAUUUACAUGCUUUUACAAAGGAAGCAAGAACAGCUUGCCAAAGAGAAGAUUGAAGAAGUCCUUAGAGGUCACCAAACAGGAAGUCUGCUGACAAGAAGUUCAGUGAUCUGGUUACACAACAUUCUGUGGGAAAAAGCUGCCAGAAGUUAUGAGGUACAAAAUUAUGCAGAUGCCCUACACUGGUAUGGUUAUUCUCUGAAGCUGUAUGGAUUGGAUCAAAUGCAUCUGGAUUUAGUCAAGCUGCAGAGGAACAUGGCUUCCUGCUACCUGAAUUUGAAACAACUCGAUAAGGCUAAAGAAGCAGUGACAGAAGCUGAACGACUGGAGCCUGCAAAUGUUUUCACCCAGUUUUAUGUAUUCAAGAUUGCAGUCUUGGAGGAAAACUCUGAUAGAGCUUUGCAGGCAAUCGAUACUUUAGGGGCAUUAUUAACUGAUGAAGAUCGCGACGAUAGUGACCUACUUGCAAGUGGAGGUUCACCUACCAUACUCCUAAAUUUAGCUACACAGUUUUCUCUAGAGCAUGGACAACAAACUGUAGCAGUAAGAAGCUUGGAAUAUUUAGCUCAAAUUUCAGAGGACCCACAAGAAAUACUUGGAGCUCUAAAGUGUCUGUUUCGAAUUCUUCUCCCACAAGUUUUUCAAAUGCCAGAAUCUGAAAAUAAAAUGAAAGAAAUGGAUAGACUUUUAUAUUACUUUAAUACAGCACUCCUGAAUUUCACUAAGCCUUUUAAGGAAGAACCUCCAACUUUGAAUUCCUGGAUAAAUGAAGCUCAUUGGUUUCGAAAAGUAGCUUGGAACUUGGCUGUACAAUCUAAGAAUUACUCGGUGAAAAUGAGAGACUUUUUUAUGAUUUCUUAUCAGAUGUCCCUUUUUUGUCCUCCUGAUCAAGUAAUACUGAUUUCACAGAAAACAUCCUUACUUAUAGCAAGUGCCAUUGAUAUAGAACAAGGGAGAAAAGCUGUAAAUCUUGAUGAAAAGAUGAAGUUCCUGAGCCAGGUGCUUGAGCAGACCCAGAAAUGCAAAACCAUCUGGAAUACCUUGAAAGAAACAGGAAGCCACUUAGAUGAUGGGUGUGAUACAUUGCUUCUGUUGUAUGAGUUUGAAGUUAAGACUAAAAUGAAUGAUCCAUCGCUGGACAGCUUCCUAGAGUCAGUGUGGGAGAAUCCCAAUUUAGAAAGUAAAACACUUGAGAUAAUGUCAAUACUAGCAAUGGAUAAGCCUGCACACCAUCCUGCUAUUGCUCAAAAGGCCUUGAAAAGGCUUCUGUUCAACACAAAGAAAAAACCAAUAGAUGUUUUGAAAUACAGUGCAUAUAUGCGCAAGUUGAUUGAUCUUUCGGUACCAGAUGGAGUAUCAGGCACAGAGAUCUGUCCCCUGGAAGAAGUGAGGGACCAUUUUGAACAUGUUUUGCGCUUCAUGUCCAACACUAAAGGCUACCCGGAAAAUGAGGUUCUCUGGCUAAUGAUUAAGGCCUGGAAUCUUGGAAUAUUAAUGUAUAACAGGAACAAGUAUGUGUCUGCUGAAAAAUGGUCUGACAUAGCACUGCGUUUCCUUGAACACCUUGGUUCUCUCAAGACAAAGUAUGCAGCUCAGGUAUGA